ACGAUGGAGAGCAUCGGGCUCAACUGCACUAUGGCUGCCGUGUGCAUCGGGUUCCUGUGGAACGGCGUCAACCUCGUGGCCACGGUCCUCCACCAGCUGAGGACGGGAGGCCGGCACACGGCCGGCCUCAUCAUCUCCUGCAUCUCCGUCAGCAACAUGCUCCUGGAGCUCUCCACUGCCGGCAUCGUGGCCGCGGUGUGGGCCGGCAUGUUCUGCCUGCAGGAAGUCCACCUGUUGCUCAAAGCGAUGCUCUUCUUCUGGUUCAUCAGCAGCUACAUGAGCUUCUGGUCCAUCGCCUGGCUCAGCGUGUUCUACUGCGUGAAGGUGGUCAGCGCCUCAUCUCCGCUCAUCAAAAUGCUGAAGAAGAACAUCUCCUCCAUCAUCGACUUGGCCCUCGUGCUCACAGUGGGGAUCUCGGCCCUGAUUCUCACCCCCUUCUUCUUCCUCACUCGUGAAAACCCAACCAACGUUACCAUGGGAACGAAUAAGACCGAGAACGCAACCUGCGUCAUACUAACGCCUUCCUUACCCGCAUGGAUUAAUUCACAAAUUUACACAUCCGUUGUCAUAGGGUUCCUCUGCCCCAUCCCUCUGGCCAUCAUGCUGACCACCUCCUUGAGGCUCGUGAUGUACCUCUGCAAACACACCAUGUCCAUGAGGAAGAACAAGACGGAGAUCCAGAGCACCGAUUCCUAUCUACUCGUGUGUAAGCUCACCAUCUCCCUCGUCGCCGUUUACUUGACCACCUUGGCCACCAUUGGCAUUUUCCUGGUUGCCCGCAUGGCCAAGGUGGACAUGGGCAACUCAACCCUUGAGCUGAGCUUCUCCAUCUACUGCAUAGCCACUGCCGUUCUCCUGACAGCGUCCAACAAGUACCUGAAGGAAAAGAUUUGGGCUCUGCUGUGCUCCAGGAGAGCCGCCCGGCCCGGUGCCAGCACCCAGAGCGAGAGCACCGCUUUCUACUGAGGUGGGCGUGUGACUCCAACCCCCAGCCAGCGUCUUAGCGCUUAAACAUCUGGACUUUUGACCACACAGGUCCAAGAUGAGGUUCCAAGAUGAAGGCUGCUCUCGUAUCCUUGACUGCUGAACCUU